GGAAUUCAGAGUCACUGUUGGAAAUGACAACGGCUUUGUUGGCAUUGAUGACGUCAUUCUGAGUCCCGACGCCUGUCCCGAUCCUGUUUCCUGUGACUUCGAAGAUGGCAGUUGCUUGUGGCAGAACUUCGGGGGAAAUAGUUGGAUCACGGGCCGCGUGACGGACGACCCGAGCCAGUCUCCUGCCACUGGGUUUCGCUCCGCCGUACGACCACACGACCGGGACUCCAUAUGGCCACUACCUUUACUUCUACGAUGCCGCGGACUUGCCUGCAGAAGCGGUCACGGCCACCGUUCUCUCCGAGGUCUUCAGCGUCCAACGGCAGUCGUGUUUGUCCUUUUGGAUUCCAUAUGUUCGGUGAUAAGGUUGGUCGACUCACCCUCAAGACCAUACAAGACCAGGGUACCCUCGUCCUUAAAUCACUAGAGGGCUCACAAGGACUUCGCUGGAAAAACAUACAGGUCGAAUUAAGCGUCACUCCCGACCACUGGCUAUCUUUCACGGCAGAGGGCGUUGCUGGCCACACCAACGUUGUGGCCAUAGAUGACAUUUCACUCUAUACAGGACCCUGUCUGGAUAAUUCUACGGUCCCUGAUUUCCGUUGUAAUGAUGGUUUGACAAUCCCACAAGAACAGGUGUGCGAUUACCGGCCUCAAUGUGUGGGCAAAGAAGACGAGCGCUGGUGUGCCAACUGUGACUUUAUGGAAGACACGUGUGGCUGGAAGAGUGUGGAGACCUCAGAUGACCAGACAAGGCUGUGGUGGCAGAGGAUUUACACAAACAUCACAGGUCCAGAUGAUCCCCACAGCUAUCACAUGGGCGUGUUGAAGAAGAGCGGCAGCGUUGUAAACAAACCGCGACUUCUAACUCGGGUUCUGCAACCUACGCACCACACCUGCGCGUUGCAUUUCGACUAUGAGCUUUAUGCAGAUGACUAUCCAGGCCCUGAGAUUAAUAUAUACAUAGAGCAUGGAGGAGCCGACCUCACCAAAGUAUACCACGCUCAAGGCUUCUUUUCGGAGUGGCAGACCCUGGCGCUACCGCUGGGCCGCAUAUCCUCUUCAUACCACCUCUUGAUCGAGGCCGCUGCUUCAAUCGACCUCCUGCAGGCAGUCAGUAUCGACGAGUUCUUGCUAUCGAACUGCUGGCCACCGACGCCGUGCGAAGAGGUGCCCGAGGGAUAUACCGUGUGCGAGAAUAAGGCAUGCGUUCCUCCUGAUGCCUUGUGUGACUUCACUGAUGACUGCGGGGACUACACAGACGAAGCAAGUUGUGAUAACUACCCUGCCAGAUGUGCCUUUGAAGACGGAUCAACGUGUGACUGGUCUGCCACAGACAUGUUCAACCUGACGGAGGCGCGACAGAGCACCUCGGCACCUUUCAGAGACCACACACUCAACACUGCCGCUGGUCACUAUAUACAGAUGCUUAAGUCUGUCGUGACCGGAGCUUUAUACAGUCCUAUCAUUCAGCCCUCUUCAGGAUGCCAGCGGUUUUACCAUGCCUUGGGCGGCAGCACCUCAACCAGCCUGCAUAUAAGAGCCCAGUCAGCAGCAAGCAAUGAAAUCCUCACAGAAGAAACUCUCGAAGCCUAUACAUCAGAAACGUUUUACUGGCAACGUUUCCACGCGGACUUCACCAUCUUCGAAACAUUUUAUUUGGCACUAGUAGGAGACAUUCCAGAGUCGGGCUCCAUUGGUCUCGAUGACAUCUCUCUUUCCCCCGAGUGCCAAGUGAGCCAGGCAACGCCCACGCCGCCCGUUCUUACCACCACAGACUCGAGUGCGUGUGGAUCAGACCAGUACAAGUGUAAGAGCACUGGAGUCUGCAUUUCUCGAGAUCAGGUUUGUGACUUCAACCUCGACUGCGACCAAGGAGAUGACGAAGAACUCUGCGGCACCACGACCUUCGAAAACAACACGGGUGGAUGGCAAGACGUUAGCGAGACUAGCUACUCCUGGUCGAGGGUUUACUCUCCCAACGCCCAGUACCCGAAUAACACUGCGCCGAUCACUGAUCACACUGGCGAUGGCGAGGGCUAUUAUAUGUGGGUUCCAGCCAGGCUUGCAGACAUCCCUGAAGCUAUGGCUAUCAUGAAAUCACCGCCGGCUGGACCUCCUGCCAUGCCCUGUUCUGUAACCCUGUGGUACUACUGCAAAGACACGAUUCCUUCACUUAGCCUGUCUGCCUGGACAGCUGGAACAUUUAAUGAAAUGAUCAAUUCCAAGGACCUCAGCUGUUCCGGCAACCAAGGAUGGCGUCAGGCUCAGCUUUAUAUAGGAGAACAGAACUACAGGAUUAGUGCUGAGGUGGCGAGUAUCAAGUGGGCCAGUGAGUGGUCGAGCACCAUGUAUGACGCUGCCGUUGACGAUGUGUCGUUCUCGAGAUGCUCUAGAAACCAGGAGGCAUCAAGUGAGGACAUACGAUGCACAUUCAGUGAGCCCUGCGACCUUUACCAGUGCAAGAACGACGGCAUGGACUGGAGCACUGAUGUUGAAAAUCACAAUACUUACGCUUUCGUAGCAGGAAACACGCAGUACUCGAGAGCCAUCUUGCAGACAUAUUGGCGCAAACCAUCUGUUGGAUUCUGCUUCUCGUUUAGGUAAGUUAGCUGAAAGAAAUCAUGUU